ACUUUCACGGCUUCAACAGAGUAUCCCACCGCCGGCCACCUCACCAUCUCCGAUCAGCAGCCUACCGCCGGCCAUCUCACCCGCUGGAACAGCCAUCACGCCAACGCCAUCACAGGUGUGACGCAGAGCUAGACCGACAGCGACAUCCCCAAUGGAGCGCCGAACGCUAGGAACAGGCAGCAGAUUUACGGUUUCUUCUCUCGCUGGAGUCACUACCGGAUCUGCGGCUGGAGUCUCUGGCAAUGAACAAUUUAUCACCUCUCUCCGCCGCCAUCCGACCAGCGCAUCUCUAGCCGGAAAACAGCCAACAGCCGCAUCGCCUAGGGAUGUACAUAUUUCUUAUAUAAAUCUUAUUUUAAAACAACAACAAAUAUUCAUCAGUAGUUUGAAAUGAAAAUUCAAUGUGUUCUUAUUGUUCAUUAGAACUGUUCAACUGAUUUUGAUUCUGCUGAAAUUGUUUUUUCACUUUUUAGGCUGAAUGAUGCUGUUGACAACAAUGAAGUAGCGGGAGUAUUGGAUGGGAUGUAUGUUGUUGUUCAUGGGCACUUGAAAAGCUUUCAGGGUAAAAUGCAGAUAAUGAGCUUUGCUAUAAGGCCCGUGACUGACUAUAAUAUGAUUGCAAACCACUUUCUUGAGUGUAUUUAUGUCCAUCACUGCAAUGCCAAGCCAAAGAUACAAAGCAGCCUUUCUACCCAGAAUCCAACUGAAGGGCAGUCCCAGGUCAACACUCAAUCAAAUGGAUAUAAUUCUACCUCCACAGUUCAAUUCUCUGGACAGAAGUGUAUGGAUGGGCUCAAGGGCAUUGAAAAAAUGGUGAUGGAUUAUUUGCAUCAGCCUUCAUCAAUUGCGCAGGAAAAGGGAAUGCACAGGAAUGAGAUCGCUCAACAGCUUAAAGUUCCAUUGGAGAAGAUCUUGGAAGCAAUUGAGUCACUUGAAGCAGAAGGUCUGGUUUACUCAACCAUUGACGAGUGCCACUAUAAGUCUACUAGUGCUUGAAGCUCAAUAUGAGCAUAGAUAUUGGAUAGCCAAGUUUGUUAAGUAUGGAGGCAGA